AACCGUGGUAUGACUCAGUCAAACCUCGGUUUUCGAAAGUCUCUGUUCUUGACCAAAAAUGUCGUUUUAACACCUACAAUAAUGAUCAAUACCGAGGGUGUGCGGAGUAUUGAAGCACUCUACUUGGAAAUCUGGCACAUGGAAGAUUUAUUAUUAUCAUCAUUAUUUUUAUUAUUGGGCGGCCAAUGAAUUUAGACUAAAUUGUCCCAAGGUGUGAGUGUGAGCAUGAAUAGUUAUGUGCCCUGAAGUCACUGUAAAAUUUCGAGUGUUCCAUUACCCUGCCAUGUAUAUUUUUGCAAUUUGGGCGGAAGUGGAUGGACGAAUGGACAUUUUGUGCCUAAUUCUAUUUCUGUAUGUAUUUUUGAAGUUAAAGAGUUGAAUCAGUUUUAAGUUUGAGUGUCUGCGUUCGAAUUAUUAGUUGGACUCUAGUACUUAAUGAGGGUGUGGGUGGGUUUUGCCACUUCUGAAUAACCGAGAAUUAACCGGGAAGAGGAUACGCGGUUAGGAAAUUUGACGGAUAAUAAUUUUACUGUACCCGUUUAAUGUCACAUCUCAAAAAGAUAACCUGUAGCGAACUCUACUGGACAGAAUUUUCACUCAGGCCGUUGUUGCUGUGGCAACAUCUUGGCAAACAACAAAUCAGUCGUUGAGGUUCAGCAAGCGACUGUUUUCACGAUUUGAAAUAUGUCUUUGGCCGAAAGGGUGGUCGAACCCAUACUUUUGGAAUUAGCACACGAAUGUACAACAGAAGAUGCCUUGUCGGAAGACAUGAUCGCUUUAAAGCUGCGCGUGGAGACACUUCCAGCCACAUGCAGUCCUUCCCUUGACACAAUCAAGAUGCAAGUGUAUUUUGACAUCAAUUACACUUCUAGACGAGGGUUCCUCAGGGAAAUCAACUGGAUGUUGGAGACAAGAUUAACCCAAGUGAGCAGGGAGAUCACCGAGAGCAGGGUGAAAACGAAAGACCAGUUGGAUGCCCUUUACCGUAAAAUCAUCACAUUCAUCCUGCUGGGCUCUGGCAUGGGCUCACCUUCAGAUGUCAGCUCUGUGCAAGAGGCUACAGCUGCCUUGCAGAGUGUUUUUCCAUCAAGUGAACUGGGGGCCUUUAUGGUGCUCACAAAGAGAGAUAAGGAGCAACAGCUCUCAGAGCUCACAAUGACUGUCACAGGGAUUCGACUCUUCAACAAAGCCAGCAAGAAAGAACAGGACAUGAAGUUUUCCGAACUAAUGCCUGCAGUUCUUUGUGAAGCGCUUUCGGUUACCAGCGAAGCCAUAGAGAAUGAGCUGAGUAUCUCCCAGAGUUUGGCGUGGAAAUACACAGCGCUGUUAGAAAAGUAUCAUGGCAGUCAGCCGGGAGAAUGUGAUGUGUCACUGGUUCAACUAACAAAAGCGCUCUACAAUGUCAGGCAGUGUGAACAUUUUCUACAAAUUUUACUGGCUGAUUCACGUUUGUGUGCAAAAAGAAUUGAAAUCAUUCAGAAGGACAUUUUCUCCCAGAUAUACCUGCUCAAAACAUCGGUGCAGCCCAAGGCAGCUGUCGCUACCUCAAAGGUUUUUCCAUUGUUCAAGGCCUUGUCAAAACUGUGGUCGGAACUUCAGGAUCAGGCAGAGCUGCUGAACAUCUUGAACAACAUUGCACUCAGAUUGAAGUUCUUCCGUACCUCUCAUGCCAAGAUUUUUUCCAAAUAUCCUUUGGACGACCUACUGGUGGGAGUAGAAGUCAAAACAGACAAAGAAAGAAUAAACGAACACUUAAGUGAGCGCAUUGAUCCAGCACAUACGAAGCAGCACGAGUGGCUCCAGCCUGAAACGACUGACAAUCUUACUGAGCUGCCAUUGCAAUAUAAUGGAUUCUGUGCCUACACGCUUGUUCACAAAAAUGGACUUAUUCUUCCAGGAAAUCCAUUCAUUGGUGUGCUCAAGCACAAGGAGAAACUGUAUGUCUUCAACUCCAAAGAAGAUGCUUUGAAAUUUGCCCACAGCCCUGAUUACUUCAUUGCACUGGUGGCAGAAAAAGCCAAGAGUUCACCUGAACUUAUUCAACUUCUCAAACUUCAUCAAACUCAAUCCUGUAUGCAAGCAGGAAAGACCGUACUUGUGUCUAAGGCUGAGAAUUGCACUCAGACAGACGUCCACGCGCUGGUGACCAACAUUGUGAAGUCAUAUGAAUGGAAUGAGUGGGAACUCCGGAGGUCAGCUAUCAAACUGACUGAUCUUCGGACAACUAUCACACAUUCAACUCAGACUCACUUGAGCCACAUGAGACGGGAAAAUGCCACUCAAACUUGGCUUCCCAAGGAGGUGGGUUGUCAAACUAAGAGAGAUGGUGAGACAGGUGUUCCCAGACCUCAGAUAUUCCUUGCCGGCCUGAGAGGAUGCAGAGAUGGACGAAUAGAAAAAAUAAACCUGACCAGAUCUAUUCAUGAAUAAUCGUGUCUUACGAAAUGAAUAAAGAAUGCUUUGCAUUUUG